AUGACGCAACUCAAAAUCCCAAAAGCGAGCUCUCGCACGCAAAAUGAACCUUAGUAACUUUUUCUCUAUGAGCUCCUGAUUCAAAUACUAAUUGUGUUUAUUAAUAUGUGUUUUUAAAGUGAAUUGCUGAAUUGCUAAAUCAGAUUAAGGUCAUUCAUGUUAUUUGUAUGGACAUACAAAGACUUUUAAUAUCCACUAUGGAUGACUGUAAUAUAUUUGUUAAUGUCAUAGAGUUGAGCUUCUUAAAAUGUAGUGUAGAAUAACCAGGAGGAUGCUAUUAUUAAGAAUGUGCUUAGAGUGUAGGAAAGCCCGGUCCCGCGUGGCAGCUCAGAGCAGACGGGAGAAAGAAAGCCAGCUGUUUAAAGAGUUAGCGGCUCUCCUGCCCCUGACUCCAUAUGAGGCAGAUCAGCUGGAUAAAGCCUCUGUCAUUAGAGUCACAAUCUCCCACCUGCACCUGCGAGCUCUCCUGGAUAUCCCUGACUCCACCGCAGUAGGAGCUGCGAUUCAUCCUGUCUCAGCAAGUCAUGGAGAGCUGACAGAGUCAAUGGAGAAGUGGUUUCUAGAUACACUUGAAGGAUUCCUGCUGUUGAUGUCCCUGUGUGGCAAGAUUAUCUUCAUCACAAAAGAUGUUGUCUCUCAUAUAGGAAUCAAACAGAUGGAUUUGAUUGGUCGGAGUUUGUUUGACUUCAUUCAUCCUUCCGAUCACAAGGAUAUUAAAGAUAUUCUUACAAGGAUAAUAGGGAGUGAAGACCAACAGAAGUGUGAGGUUUUCUUCCGAAUCAAAGGUGCAGUCAAAAACAUGCUGACACCCUGGCAGGUGAUUCACUGCACAGGAAACAAAAAGUCAUCAUCUAUUCCAGGAUCCAGCUACCUGCUACUCCUGUGCAGAUCAUUACCUGGGCAAGAAGUCAUCGAGAUGAAGGCUCAUUUAAAUUUCAAGACAUUCCUGAGCAUCCAUGAGCCAGACAUGAAGUUCACCUACUGUCACUCUGGGGUCUUGGAACUGACUGGCUUUAGUGAUAUUGAGCUGUAUGGUCAGUCUGUGUACCAGUACUAUCAUCCAUCUGAUUGCCAGCACAUCCUCAAGGCACACCUCUGCUUGUUAUCAAAGGGUCAGGUGUACACUGGGAAGUAUCGGCUCCUACAGAAGCAUGGUGGCUACGUUUGGGUUGAGACAGAUGCUACAGUUGUGUACAACGCUCACACAGGAAAACCAGAGAAAAUCGUGUGCAUCAACUACAUUCUAAGUGGAGUGGAGCUCCCAGAUGUGGUGCUUUCACUGGAGCAGACAGAUUGCCUGCUAAAUGCCCUUCCUGCACCGUACACUACGAUAACACAAAACGAGACCAAUCCGGCAACAUCUACAACAACUGACAAGGACACAAGCUUCGUGUAUUCUUCCUGUGAGAGAGAUGGACUGAUCAACAGGUGUACUGAGAUUUUGCACUGGGGUGCUUUAUGUGGCUCACAUUCUGAUGAUAUGGCCGACCUGGAUUUGGACCUUCUAGCCCCAUACAUUCCCACACAUGAGGAGGACUUCCAUUUAGCUCCCAUUUUAGAUGAAGUGGCGAGUGAUUCAGGACCACACAGACACAUGCCCUCCGUCAGUGAGACAUGGUUAAAUCUGGACCAAAAGCGGAUGGCAGAUUCGGACGCCGUGUGUUUCCACAGGCUAAACUGGAAUAAGAACCCUAUGCUCUUUUCUUUAAGCCACUGGACGAUGAACAAAAACCAACAGCUCAUUAAAACCUUCUCGGAAAACUGGGAUGGAAGAACAGUCUGGAAUUGCAGCCAGAGUUACACAGAGCCUGUGCAUUUAGCCCACAAGUACGCAGAGCUCUCGUGGUGUCCUCCGGGAUCUUCGUUGCAACAUAGCGACCAAAACGCAGAGGAAAAUAUGCCCACGGCGUCGGUUAACCUGCCUGUACUGAGCAGAUGGGAAUGUGAAGUGAACGCACCUCUGGGACCCACUUCACGCUUGCUACAAGGGACUGAACUCACCAACGUCCUCGAUCAGGUGGCUUCAGGAGUGUGCUGGUAUUAACAAAGGCAACACAGGAGCCGGUAUAAAGGUUUGUGUCCAGAGCCAGAAGUGUUACAUUUCCACAUUACAGUUAUAUUACGGGUAAUUCCACAUGUUGGGUCUUACUGAUAUUCCACUUCCAAAUAGUCUCAUCUCAUUGUCUAUACUGCUUUAUCCUGUGUACAGGGGUGUGGGGGGCCCUAUCCCAGGGGAUUUUGGGCAUGAGGCAGGAGUGCCAAUCCUUCACAGGGCGCACACAUAUUCUACGGGCAAUUUGGGAACACCAGUUAGACUAAUCUGCAUGUCUUUGGACUUUGGGAGGUAACUGGAGUACCCGGAAGAAACCCACCAACCAUGGGGAGAACAUGCAAACUCCAAGCACAUAGACCGGAGGUGGGAUUUGAACCCGAAUCCGGGAGGUGCAAGGUGACAGUGCUAACUACUAAGGCACCAUGCGGCCUGUUUAAAUACAAAUCAAAUACAUAUUAAAAAAUUAUUCUUAAAAAUUCUUGAAUAUAUCACUAAAAGCUUCAUCUACAGUAUAUCAUUUGGGAAGCAGCAUUGGUUUGCUUGUCCAAGACGACUACAGAUAUGUUCACUGACCGUCUAAACCGCUUUAUCCUGUAUUCCAGGUUGGGGGGCGGGGGGAUGCUCUGGAGCCUAUCCCAGGAGACUUAGGGCACGUGGCGGGGUUCAGGGCACACACUCAUUACAGGCAAUUUGGGAUUUUAUUUUUAUUUUUAAUGCUUAAACACCAAGUCCCGCCUUACCUGUGAUGAUUUAUACAUUUGUAGAUGAGACAAAGUUUUAGUAACCAAUCACAGUACAGAAGGUAUGGUUUGCGAUCAAAGUAUUAUCUUAUUACAUUUAUUAAUGUUAGAAUACAGCCAAUGCGUUCAACUGUACUUUUUAAUGCAAUACAAAAAAAAAAAAGAAAAAAGAAAAACACCACACAACUCACUCUUGAUUUCAGCAUUAUUGAUUCACUAUUUAACAUCUCACAUUAGGAACAUCUGACAGAAAAGUGGCAGGUAUUUUCAAUUUACCGUAUAUAAAAUGUCUACACUUGUUUUAUUCUUUUUUUAUUUCCAAUGAUAGAUACACUAACUGUUUAGAUACAGUCAAGUCUAAAAAAUAGAUACUGAAAGUGCUUGGAAAGCACAACCCUGUUAUACAAAUUACAGAUUUAAAGGAAUAUUUAGAAUGUCCUUUAAAAGGUUUUAUGCUUGGAAUUAAUUAGCAUGAACUCACAUUUCUUUUACAUUUACUAAUUCUACGCUAAAAAUACCUGCAACCUGCAACUUUAAUGCUUAAGAACAGAAAAAGACGGCUCAAAUGCACUGCAUUUGCAGAAUCAAUCAUACAUGCCAUACUUUAUGAAAAUUAUAUUUUUGUCUAAGCAAAUGUCUUGUGAAAAGUUUGUCACAUAUUAGCAUCAUUGAUUAAACGUUGUUUUUAGCGUGGUCAUAUUUUGCAGCACAUCAAAAUGCAAUUAAAUGUGACUAUUAAAGUAAUUAGUGGCAAACAAAUGAUGCCAUACAUGUAUUUCAAGAGCAGAUAUUUAUUUGUACUAUGGAUAUACUAAUGUGUAGUUCACCUGAAACCUGGCCUUUACAAUGCUUACAUCAUCAAAUCAACAUAAAGA